AUGCAAUCCAUCGUUAAAAUGGCAAAUGUGUCCAACAUGUCCACCUGCAACUUAAACAUCACCGAUGGCAUAAAAAGCCUUCAGUUGGCCACAUCAAUCCCUACUUUCAUCCUCGGGGCUUUGGGCAACAUCUACCUAUUUGUGAUGUUCUGCCGGCGUCCCAGAAAAGAAUGGACCAACAUGAUGAUCUACAUCACCAACAUGGCCAUCGCCGACUGCGUCGUGCUGAUAAUCCUGCCCAUUAGGAUUGCAUCGUACUAUGCAGCCUCGAAGACAUCACAGGCAAACUGGGCACUAUGGGACUCUUCAAAAAAGGAAUUGUGUUACUUUCUCGUGUCGGUGAAUUACGUGAACAUGUACGUUAGCAUUUUCACCAUGACGGCCAUAAGUGUGGCACGUUAUGUGGCCAUCAAGUAUCCCCUCAAGGCCAGAUAUAUUAUGUCCCGUAAGAAAGACCUGGUGGUCUGUGCGCUCAUAUGGGUGGUUAACUGUUCGUUAAGUGCCAUUUUCCACUACGUGGAUAAUCCUAAAAAUCAAACAGAUUUUAAGUGCUUUCAGAAGAACCAAGAGGGAGCGCUGCCAUUGUCCUUCAUCCUGGUUUUGACCGUAGCCGGGUUCCUCAUGCCAUUUCUGAUCAUGUUUUAUUGCUCUGCCAAAAUCAUCCAUACUCUACGAAAGCAAUUAGACAUAGGAAUUCGUGCUGAAAAGAUUCAAUGCAUGUUCAUCAUCACUGCCAACUUGAUUGUUUUUGUCGUGUGCUUUUUCCCAGUCCACUUUGGGUUUCUUUUCAAAUUCAUUUUGGAGAAAAGCGAGUCUAAUUGUGACAUGCAGAUAUUUGCGCACAACUUCGUCCACGGUGCCAUGUGCUUUUCUAUCAUGAACUGCGGUUUGGACAGCUUCAGUUAUUAUUUUGCAAACAAAACGAAGUGGAACAUGUGCGGCACGAAUCAAAGAAACGAUGGAAAAUGCGUUUACAACAGAGUUGAGAUUAGAGACAAAUGAUAUGAUUCUUAAUUACGUUGUUUUUAUCAAUCAUAGUUGGUAUGUGGGUUUUUUCUAGCUUCAUAACUAUCAAAAGUGUUUUACGUCUGUUUUUGAAUACAAAUUUAUAAAGCGUUGAACUUUACGAUUAAUUGUAUCCUUCACUAAAAAAACUUCAAUACGGAAACCUUCAGAAUACGGUAACAUUUAUAACAAUAAGAAAUAUACAUUUUUACAAUUAAGCUGCGAUCCGUAAUGUUUGCUGUCUCUAAAUGUCUCUAACGCCAUCUCUGUUUGAUACACAAAACUGCAGGUUAGCUUUACUUGUGUUAAAAAGUAAUUGAUCUUGCCCAUUGAGACAAAUUUUUUCAACCAUAAAAAUUGCGCAUUGCUGCUUUAACACUCAGAUUUUUAUUAACGCUCUUGUUUUUUAAGGUAACUUUGGUAUAUGGCAACUUUUUAAGGUUUGACAGCUGGAAACAAGGUCUAUGUUACAGAUUAGCAUAUUGACAAAGAAAUGAAAGACAGUUAUUAGUUUGUCUGCCAAAUACAAAUACCCUGAGAACCUCCCUCACCUUUGAUUAUCUUACAAUUGUACGCCAUCUGCAGGCUACAGAAACAAACCUGUGGUAGAUCUGAAUUUUAGCUCUGUUUGGUUGAAAAAUGAAACUGCAACAUGUAAGAAUCCAAAAGCAGUUUAUUUCAUUCUGUGACUGAAACGCUUGCAGGUAUCAGUUCAGACAUGCUUCUCUUAUGGGCACAAAGUUGGAGAACACCUGAAAAACGAGAAAACUAUUUUAGCAUUUACUAUAUUUACUAAAAGGUUUUUGUAAAAAUUAAAA